AUGGUCGUACCCAGCCUACCCCUAAGCGCCGAAAGAUACCACCACAUAACUAACCCAAAAUACGUACUGGCCACUGAAGUGGAUGCUAAGGAAUUGAUACUCAGUGGAAACAUGUACAACAUGUCUGGAAAGUUUGACGUGUGCGAAAACAAUGCCAGGAGUAUUGAAAAAUUAGAAGCAGAAUAUAUAACGCGGAUUGACCCAACAACUCUUUAUGAAUUACCUAAUGUAGAGCCACGAGAUCCUGUUAUUAUCGACGCCCUGUUCAUUAUGCUUGAAAAGGGACCGAAAGCUGUUUGUUAA